AUGCCAUAUCAUCCUGCCGGAAAUGGUCAAGCGGAAUCCUCCAAUAAAACAAUAUUAAACAUAUUAAAGAAAAAGUUUGAAGACGCGAAAGGGCUAUGGCCAGAACUACUACCGGAGGUGCUAUGGGCCUACCACACAACGCCGAAGACCAAUACAGGUGAGAUUCAGUAUUCACUGGCCUACGGCACCGAUGCAGUCAUACGCGUUGAGGUCGGGGAACCUAGCCUGAGGUACUCCAAUGAGAGUGGAUCAAGCAACGACGAAAGCAGGUUACAAAACCUGGAUGAGGUCGAAGAGCGAAGUGAUAUGGCACACAUAAGAAUGGUGGCCCAAAAACAACAAGGCAGUAAUCAAACCGAAGGGCUUGCUACCCGGGCUUCUGAAUGGUCGAUGAAUGGCCUCGGUGUCGAUAUCCACCUCGAUCUCAAGGUAUCAGUGAUAACCGGAAGGGGAUAA